CGGCUGGCACAGCACAGCACGGCCGCCCGCCCGCCCUGUGCGCAGGACCCGGCAGGAAGCCGCCGCCCACUGGGGAGCUGGAAAUGCUUGUGGUCUGACAGCAGAGCACUGGAAUUCCCCCAGCACGAACAGCCGAGCCCCGCCGAAGUGCCAGGGCAGCCGCGACCUGCACCCCGUGGACCUGGCCUUUAGGCUGCUCUCAAGCCAAUGAACCCCAUGAACCCCAUGAAACCUGCCCUGCCCCCCACACCACACAGUGAUGGUCCAUUCGCCUACGAGGCGGUGCCGUGGCAGCAGAGCGUCACUCAGCCUGCAGGGUCCCUGUCUGUGGUCACGACCGUGUGGGGAGUGGGCAACGCAGCACCGAACCAGGUCUUGGGGAGCACCAUGGGCCCUGCAGGGAGCCCCCCCGGCAGCUCCGUGAUGCCUGGCAUGGCGGGCAGUGGCUCUGCCCUCAGCUCCCCACAGGGCCUCGGACAGCCGACAUUUGGUGAGGGGGGCGCCGCCAAGGGCUAUGUGCAGCAAGGGGUGUACAGCCGCGGGGGCUACCCGGGGACCACUGGCUUCAGCACCGGGUAUUCCGGGGGCCCGGGGGGACCUGCGGGCCUGGGCGUCCCCUCGCAUGCCGCACGGCCUUCCACGGACUUCACGCAAGCGGCCGCUGCCGCCGCUGUGGCUGCCGCCGCCGCUGCUACGGCCACGGCCACGGCCACAGCCACCGUGGCCGCCCUACAAGAGAAGCAGAGCCAGGAGCUGGGCCAGUAUGGAGCGAUGGGGGCCGGGCAGCCGUUCAGUCAGUUCCUGCAGCAUGGAGGAGCCCGCGGGCCCGGCGGCCUCAACCCAAGCGGCGUCGGGGGGCUGAUGGGCCCUGCAGGCAUGAGCCCCGCCCGCGCGGCUGGCAUGGCGCCCCUGUAUACAGGACAGCGCCUGCCCCAGCACAGCUACCCGGGCCCCCCCCAGACCCAGCAGCUGCCCCGGCAGGGACUCAAAAGGACCUACUCGAGCGAGGUGUACCCAGCGCAGCAGUACCUGCCGGGGGGCCAGUACGUGCCUGGGCCUGGACAGCACCCAGCCCCGUCCUCCUACCCGGCUCACAGGCAGUCCCUGCCCACGUCAGGGGCCCCUGGGCUGCACUACAAGCCCACAGAGGAGCUCAGCGGGCAGGGUGGCAGCUUCAGCGGGGCCAGCGUCGCCUACGGCCAGCCCAGCCUGAGCGGGGAAGUCAAGUCUGCAUUCCUGCCUGACCUCAAGCCCAGCGUGAGCACCCUACACCCGUCACCUGGCAGUGGCCCGUGCGACGAGCUGCGGCUCACCUUCCCGGUGCGUGACGGCGUGGUGCUCGAGCCCUUCCGCCUGCAGCACAACCUGGCGGUCAGCAACCACGCCUUCCAGCUGCGGGACUCGGUCUAUAAGACGCUGAUGCUAAGGCCCGACCUGGAGCUGCAGUUCAAGUGCUACCACCACGAGGACCGGCAGAUGAACACCAACUGGCCGGCGUCGGUGCAGGUCAGCGUCAACGCCACCCCCCUGACCAUCGAGCGCGGCGACAACAAGACCUCCCACAAGCCCCUGCACUUGAAGCACGUGUGCCAGCCGGGCCGCAACACCAUCCAGAUCACCGUCACGGCGUGCUGCUGCUCCCACCUCUUCGUGCUGCAGCUGGUGCACCGGCCGGCCGUGCGCUCCGUGCUCCAGGGCCUCCUCAAGAAGCGCCUGUUGCCCGCCGAACACUGCAUCACCAAGAUUAAGCGGAACUUCAGCAGCGGCACCAUCCCCGGCACCCCUGGCCCCAACGGAGAGGACGGUGUGGAGCAGACAGCCAUCAAAGUGUCCCUCAAGUGUCCCAUCACCUUCCGCAGGAUCCAGCUUCCUGCACGAGGCCACGACUGCCGCCACAUACAGUGCUUUGACCUGGAGUCCUACCUGCAGCUCAACUGUGAGCGGGGGACCUGGAGAUGCCCCGUGUGCAACAAGACAGCGCUGCUGGAGGGCCUAGAGGUGGACCAGUACAUGCUGGGCAUCCUGAUCUACAUUCAGAACUCUGACUAUGAGGAGGUCACCAUCGACCCCACAUGCAGCUGGAGGCCGGUGCCCGUGAAGCCCGAGCUGCACGUCAAGGAGGAGGCGGACGGGCCAGUGCUGAAGCGCUGCCGCACCGUGAGCCCGGCCCACGUGCUGCUGCCCAGCGUGAUGGACAUGAUCGCUGCCCUGGGCCCCGGGGCCGCCCCUUUUGCCCCCCUGCAGCCACCCCCUGCCCCGGCCCCCGGCGACUACUCAAGCCAGGGUUCCGGCUUCCUGGGCCCCGGCCCCUUCCCCGACUCCUUCCUGCCCACCACACCUGGCACCCCGACGCUUCCUGACUUCGUCCCCGGACCACCCCCCAUCUCCUACCAGUCUGACAUUCCCAGCAGCCUCCUGGCACCAGACAAGCCCACCCCCUGCGUCCCCGGCCAGAUGGUACCAGCAGGGCAUCUGGACACAGCCCACAACCCUGGGCCGCCAGGACUCCACACCCCCAGCCUCGGCGCCCCCCCGGGACCCCAGCUGCACCACCCAGACCCUUCCCCGACCUCCCGGCAACCCCUGCGCCAAGUGAGCUCCGGUCCAGCUGGCGAGCUGACCUUUAACCCUGCCACGGGUGUAAUGGGGCCCCCCAUGCCUGGUGGCGGGGAGGCCCCGGAACCAGCCCUGGACCUGCUGCCAGAGCUGAGCAACCCUGACGAGCUUCUGCCCUACCUGGGCCCGGCCGACCUGCCCAGCAGCAGCAGCGACGAGCUGCUCGCCCUGUUCGAGAGCAGCUGAGCCGCAGCGCCCGCCCCGCCCCGCGCCCACAGCGACCCCGUCUGGCCACUCUUGCUUGCUCCCACUGGCCAUGUCAUGUCGUGUCCACCCUUGUGUUCCGGCUCUUUCGGGACCCACAGGUCUGCAGCAGGGCGGGUGCUGUGUCUGGCGCGGGCCCGCAGUGGGGGUUCCUCCUCCCGCCCCCGCCCCAGGUGGAGGCCGGGGGUGGACACUGAAGCACAAUGGACGUGUAAGGAGACACUGCUGCCCCCCAAGGCUGGCCCACGUGUCCAGCUCCCUGCCCCCUGCUCCCGGGAAAGUGAGCACUUAGCCCUGUUGUGUUUUUAAAGCCCCAGACCACACACACCCGCCCCUCCUUCCACCAGCCCGUGCCCUGGGGAGGAGCCUUGCACCACUGGCUCAGCGCCCAGCGUCCGUCUGUGCCGUCUAUUAAAGGUCUCCCUCCCGGUG